AUGGAGUAUAAACUUGAAAAUCGAUCUCUGUCAUCUUCAACAAUUAAAAAGAAGCCAAAAACGCCUAAAGACAUAACACAGCUCACUCGGAGCACUGAAUCACGUAGAAAGUUACUCCGAAACGUAUCUAUGCCGACAGUUAUUAACUUAAAAGCGAAAAGUUUCAAAAAAAAAUCCCCGAAUAACAUCUCCCAUGAAAACAUUCCUUUUACAGUUAAGCCUAAAUCCCGAGACAACUCCCAUUUACUAAACAGCUCUAAAAAAGACUUGAUUCAGUUCAUUCGGGCUCAGCAUUUUCCGCUUCCAAACGCAGGAAACUUCACUUUGCGGAUAAUUGAAAAGCCCAAACUAUUGAUUAAAAACGAUAAGAAAACCCCGCGUUUGGAAGAAAACAAGCCCAAUACGUCACGCGGAAGACUUUCAAUUAGGGCUCGGCCGAACUCAAAAGAGAAGGCUAAUUUCGUUUUGACGCAGUCAUUGAUAUCUCCGACCUUUAAAGAAAUUAAAAAAGCUAUAAGGAAAUAUGCAUCCAAGACAAAAACUGGAAAUAUUGGUGGAGUCCCGAAAAAAGAAAACCAGGAUGCAUGGUUGGUUCGCUCAGAUUUUGCUAAUACACACAAUCAGUUUCUAUUAUCUGUCAUGGACGGGCAUGGGAUUUUUGGGCAUAAGGUGUCCGCUUUUGUAAAAAAGACUUUGCCUUUGAGGAUUGAAGGAUUCAUUCCUUCUGAAGGUAAUUGAUAUUUAGUCACUACAAAAAACGUGCUGACAUCUGAAGAUAUCAGCAAAAUUAAGCAUGCAAUGGCAGAAGGGUAUUUGAAAGUCUCUGAAGAUUUAGUUAAUAAAAAGCAGAUAGACAUCACUUAUUCAGGAAGCACUGCAGUGUCUGUCUUAAUUAGAGGUGACUUAUGCAUAUGUGCAAAUGUAGGAGACUCAAGGGCAGUCAUUGGAAGAUUUGAUGGGAUAAAAUGAAGCGCAAUGCCGUUAUCAAGAGAUCAUAAGCCAAAUGACCCACUAGAGCAGUUGAGGAUUGUGAAAUGCGGAGGAAGAGUUGAACCUUAUGUAGAAGAAAGCGGCCGUUUUGUAGGGCCACAUAGAGUUUGAAUGAAAAAUGAGCAAGUUCCAGGACUUGCUAUGAGCAGAGCGCUAGGAGAUUUUGUAGCUUCACAAGUAGGGGUUAUUGCGGAGCCAGAAAUAAUCGAGCAUAGGCUGACAGAAGCUGAUAAAUUUAUUAUUAUUGCUUCGGAUGGAAUUUGGGAAUUUUUAAGUAGCCAAGACUGUGUAAAUAUCGUGGCUAGCUAUUUCCAGCUUGACGAUGCAGAAGGUGCAUGUGCGAGGCUUACUGAAGAAUCUGAAAUUGCAUGAAAAAAGCAUGAUGAUGUGACUGACGACAUCACAGUCAUCGUUGCUUUCCUAAACACAUAA